AGGGCCGCGGGCCGGAAGAGGAUGGCGGCGGCGGCUCUGAAGAGGUUUUGGACCAGAGGUCGCGGAGUAGGUGAAGAGGGGAGCAGCGCGGCGGCUGCAAAGCCGGGUGUGUGGGCUCGACUAGGCGCCUGGGCGCGCGCUCUGCUUCGCAACCGAGACUCGGAGUCCUUCCUGCAGCGGCUCCUUUGGCUGCGGGGCCGCGGGUGCCUCCGCCAUGUGAAUCUGGGACUCUUCUCGCUCCUUUACGAAGCGCCCUUUGACGCCCACGCCAGCCUCUACCAGGCCCGCUGCCGCUACCUGCAGCCCCGCUGGGUCGAUUUCCCCGGCCGAAUCCUGGAUGUGGGAUUCGUGGGCCGCUGGUGGGUCCUGGGGGCCCGGAUGCGCGACUGCGACAUCAACCACGACGAGUUCCUCCACCUGCCCCCGCAUUUGCGUGUCAUUGGGCUGCACCAACUGCACUCCGAGGCCAACGAGCGGCUCUUCGAUGAGAAGUACAAGGCCGUGGUGCUCACCGACGAUCAGGUGGACCAGGCGCUGUGGGAGGAGCAGGUGUUGCAGAAGGAGAAAAAGGACAAGCUCACCCUGAGCCAGGCCGAGUCCCUGGUGCGGUCGGAGGUCGCCGGAUGAAAGCCAGGCGAGGGCCCAGGCCUGACCGGGUUCUGAGCCCUGGCAGGCUGUGUGCUCGGGAGGGUACAACUGGUGAGAGUGGGACUGAGAUAUUACAUGCAGUGAUCCCUCACUGGGUUGUCACAAGUAUGAGGAGCCUUUCUCCCUUUUUGUUCCUUGUUAGUUAAAUUCAGAGCCUUCUUGGUUCAGGAGUUGGGGGGAGCAGAGCGACUUAACCAUGUACUGUUUACCACUGUCAGAGCUAGUGAUGAACCCUUAUGUUUGCCGUUUUCAGCUGGAAACACAGUGUAGCUCAGUGAUGUAAAGCACUGGCCUAGCAGGCGAGUUGCUGUUUUCCAUCCCUAGCCUGGUAAAAAGAAAAUACAGUAGUCUCUCUUAAGGCCCACACAGUCACCCUGGUAGGGAGAUACAGCGUUGGUUGGACUCCCACGCCACUCCCUAAAACCAUUCAGUUUUGUUUUGUGUGUGUGUGUGUGUGUGUGUGUGUGUGUGAGUGAGGUUAUUGUCCUGG